AUGAGCCAUUGGGAAGACGAUAGAGGACAAAGAUUUGGUGGUUAUGGCUAUGGCUAUGGCUAUGGCUACGGCAGCAGGAGCCUCCACAACCUCAGUGGGUUUAGGAACUUUUCUACUGGUGGAAUCUAUGGAGGAGAUGGAGGAGGGUACGGAAGGCACUGGGGGUACUAUGAUGGGAGAUACCUGGACAGGGACUUAGGGAGAAGAGGGUAUUUUGUAGGGGAUUUUCAAGGUGGGGAAGGUAGGACGUAUGGAGGAGGCUCAAGCAGGGGAACACUCAGUGGAGGCCUUCGUGAGCAAGGGACUGGGCAGGGCUUGAGACACGCUGCUGCUGGUGGAGGCAUCAAGGAGGUCCAUGUCAACACCAACCUGCUGAGGCCAACACAAGUGCAAGUUGACCCUGAGUUCCAGAGAAUGCGGUCAGAUGAGAAAGAGCAGAUUAAGACACUCAACAACAAAUUCGCAUCAUUCAUUGAUAAGGUUCAAUGCCUGGAGAGGCAGAACCAGGCUCUGAUGACCAAAUGGGAACUGCUGCAGCAGCAAAGCUCCCAGCCAGAGGAGAGCAGAAGCAUCACCUCCUUCUUCCAGUCCUACAUCAAUAACCUGCAGAGGCAGCUGGACACGCUCCGGAGCCAGAAGGAGCAGCUGGAUCCAGAAGCCUAUGAAAUACUUCAGCUUGUUGAAGAUUACAAAAAGAGAUUUGAGGACGAAAUCAACGAGCAUGCAUCUAAAGAAGAGGAAUAUGUGGAGCUUAAAAAGGAACUGGACAGUGCCUACAUGAGAAAAAUGGAGUUUGAAGUUCGGGUGGAAAUUCUGAAGCAGGAGCUUGAGUUCCUCAGAUGCUUAUAUGAGGCGGAGCUGUCCCAGCUGCAAACAGUAGUUGACAACACCAAUGUCAUUCUGUCCAUGGACAACGGCAGGGAAGUGAACAUGGAAGGCAUCAUUGAAGAAGUCCGGCAGGAGUAUGAGAGAAUUGCUCAGAAAGGCAAAGAUGAAGUCAAUGCCAUGUACCAAGGCAGGUACCAGGACCUUCAGAACAUGUGGGUGAAUCAGCGAGAGCAACUGAGAAACAGUUACCAGGAAAUCCAAGAACUUACCAGGCAGAUCCAAAGAUUGCAGCCGGAAAUUGAAAUAGUCAGGAAAGAGAAUGACAGACACCAAGAGGCUAUCAGAGAUGCUGAGCAGCGUGGGAGCUCUGCAGUCAAAGACGGACAGAAAAAGCUUCAGGAGCUGGAGAACGCUUUGCAGCAGGCCAGGGAAGACCUGGGUCGAAUUCUGCAUGAUUAUCAGGAGCUUCUGAAUGCAAAAUUGGCCCUGGAUGUUGAAAUUGCCAUGUACAGGUCACUGCUUGAGGAGGAGGAGACCAGGUAG